UACCGACAUGAAUACUCCAGUGACGUCACCUGUCACACCAAACGUCACAGCCCGCCAUCUUCGUAUAAAUCCACAAACAUGGACUGGGAGAAUCACUAUGAGGUUUGAUAUCAGUGGAUGUCAGAUUGCAACACAGAACGAUGUAUGUGGCAAGUUUACAAGAAAGGCAGUAUUCCUAACAGAGGAGAUGGUGAACUUGCACACGGUAAUCACAGCCAUCUUGACAGUCCCUUCCUUGAAGGAAUGUUUUUCGGUAUGUCAAAGCCACAAAACAUGCAUGUCAUUCACCUACCAUACCGCCCAGGGAGUACAGUGGUGUACAGGUUACAGCGCCUGGAUCGUCGUACCAGGACGAAUCAUCUCCGACAUCGCCAUAUUCGUUAACCAGGAUGUUUUGAACUCGUAUGGUUACAAAGAGGAUCAGGGAGCUGCCAUUUUGUACAACAUCAUUGAGAUGAGGAAGAACCAGGUAAACGCAUCGGCCUCCUGUAAAACAAUGCACACGCGACUGAUCAAGGUCGACACGGCAUCCAAGAUGACAAGUCUGAAUAAUACUAUCUCCGGAUACGACGUUCUGAAACACGACUUCCGGUUUUUUGUCGCCGGAGUAUACAACUCUACAAUUUGGAGCUACAGCGGAGGAAUAGAUGUGAUCAACACCGACUUCUGGUCGCCCGACAACCCAGAUCCAGGUCAAGGCCACUGUGUCAUGUUGACACAGACAGGUCUGGCCAGUGUGGAUUGUCAGCAACAGCUCUUUUCAAUUUGUGGGAAUUAAUGUGUGGAAAAUUGUCUUUUGGAUUUCAUGCUUUGAGGAGAAAAGUGUCAUCGAUGUUUGGAAUAAGAGCUUUGGAUUUCUUGCUUUGAGGAGAAAAGUGAAGCAUUUAUUUGAAACAUGGUCUUUUAGAUUUCAUACUGUUAGGAGAAGUGGUGGUGAUAAUGUAUACAUAAAUAGUUUUUCUAACAACUGAAAGCAACCUGGAACACAGUAUUAAGGAAAAGAGAACAGAUUACGUUGCAUCACAAGAUAGCAAAUUCAAAAGUGAUAGGUAUAGCAUAAGAGGAAGUCAAGUACCAUGUCAACAUUUUAAGGUCUAAUAACAUACCUGGUGGCAAGUACACGUAUGCAAAGGAAAUCUAAGCCAUAUUGAUGAAUGUUCAACAUAAAUUAUACAUUAAUGAUAUUAGUUUUAAUCUUCAACAUUUCAUGUGUAAAUGUAUAUACAAGCAUUCCUUUGAUAGUUGACUUUUUCAUUUAAUAUGCAUUUUAUAUACAUUGUAGAUAUUACAUGAUUUGGGUACAUCAUACUUUUAAAUAAUGAAACAUAAAAAUAUGUCGCGGGUAUUAUGGCUUAUUCCGAGGUGUCCAAUGCCUGAAGUUACUCGACAUCCAAAGACCUAAAAGAGAGUUGAAGAAUGGCUGAUGAAUAUCAUUCACACGAUUUCGAUUUUCAAUACAUAAUCCACGUGACGGAUACAUGACCACAGCCUCAUCAUAUGAAGUCCUCGAGCAAGGAAGUUACCCUGCAUAUCACUUUUGUAUCCACCGCCCAACGAAGUUGGCAGGAGACAUACAAAUGGGUUCCCUCCGUCCGUCCGGAUUCGCUUUGCGAACGAUGAUCCGAUGUUGAUGACACGUGCUUGGUAGACUAGUUAUCUAAAACCCUCGCUAAAGUUUGAACAUCGUCACAUUCAGCGCAUAUUCAAUGAGGCUGUUGUGAUCAGAGUGAUUGGCCUAUCGCUUUCUGCACGCUAUAUUUUGAAGGAAUGAUCGGAUUUCGAUUAAACUUGUUUGAUAGACUCAUUUCUAAAUCUCUCGCUCAGGUUAGAUUAUCGUCACAUUCCGCACAUAUUCAAUGGGGCAGCUGCAUGUGGUCCGAUUGGCUGCUUACUUCCCUCACGAUAUCUUUUGAAAGAGUGAUCCAAUUUUGAUGAAACUUUCUUGGUAGACUUGUUACAGCUGUACCUAAAUUCCUCGCUCAAAUAAGAUUAUCACCGCAUAUUAAUGAUUUUUUAACUGAUUGACUGAUUGAUUUCCGCACGAUAUCUUUUGACAUAAUAAUCGAUCUUGAUGAAAUUUGUUUGGUAUACUUAUUUAACCUAAGCUCCUCACUCAGUUUUGAUUAUCGGCAUAUUUCGCGCUUAUUUAAUGAGACUGCUGUAACCAGAUUGACUGAUUUUCCGAACAAUAUCUUUUAACAGAAUGAUUAAUUUUUUUUUAUGAAACUCGCUUAGUAGACUCAUAACCUAAGUUCAUAGCUGAUGUUCGAUUAUCGCAACAGGUAAUGAUUCUAAAUGCCAUAUCAUGUGUUUCAUGUUUUUAUGCCUGUUGCCCACUUUAAUUUCAUGUAAUACAAUAUUUGCUUGGGGAUCUUGACGGCUGUGCAUAUGUCCUUGUUUUUUUUUAGUUUUUUUUUUUGUUUGUUCGUUUGGUUUUGUUUUGUUUUUUGUUUUAUUAUUGUUUGAAUAGUAGCAUAUGUUUAGAAUAAUGUGUUGUUUUCGUAAUUAUUUUGUAUUAAAAAGAUGAGAAAGC